AAGUUCUUUGUCUUGGUGUAUGUUUGCCUACGUGGUUACGUCGCUAAUAUUUUGUUCAGUUAUUUAACAAAGCAAAACAUUUCGAGAAUGUCUGCAAAGGCAAUUUUAUAUUACGCUCUCUUUAGCCCCCCGGCAAGGGCCUGCAUUAUAACUGCCAAGCUUAUUGGCUUGGAUGUCGAGCUUAAAGCCGUUGACUUUUCAAAGAAGGAGCACUUGAGCGAGGAGUUUCUAAAGCUUAAUCCCCAGCACCAAAUACCCGUUUUCGUAGACACCGAUGGUGAAGUGUAUGUGGACAGUCAUGCAAUUAUGUGCUUCAUGGUGUCCAAGUACGCUAAGAACGAUCAGCUUUAUGCCAAGGAUUUGAAACGUCGAGCACACAUCGAUCAUCGCCUGCACUACGAGAACGGUGUGCUUUUCCAGGUGAUCAAAGACAUUGUGGCGCGUAAUAUUUAUGGCAGCGAGACGGAGUUCAACAAGCGAUCGUUGGAACUAUGCCAAGAUGCUUACGCUACACUGGAGCAUUUUCUCGAGCAGGGCACUUUCGUAGUUGGCCACGAAUUGAGCGUCGCCGAUAUAUCUAUAAACACCACACUUGUUACAUUGGACCUGCUCAUACCGGUGGAUAGAUACCGCUAUCCCCAAAUCAGUGGCUGGUUGGCGCGCAUGAAGCAACUGUUGCCGGACUAUGAAGAGGUGAAUCUAAAGGGCGCCCAGGCGUUGCAGCAGCGCAUUCAAAGCUGCAUGGCCGCGCACAAACCAUAAUCAUACUUCAUUGUAAUCGAUCAUUAUUAGUUUAUUUUUUAAGCUAAUUGGAUUAUAUACUUGCUAUACUAAUUCUUAGUUUGUCUUGUGAUUUGGAAGUCAAAUGUUCUUGUAUUUUUUGAAAUAGUUGCUCGUUAUUUUUUGUUUAAUAAGCCGCUAACAGUUAGAAAGAAUUAAUUGUUUUCCUCAAACUACAACUAGAGUAAUAAUAUUUAAGGUUUUGUCUGGUAUCAUAUGUUAUCGCAGGUGACUUGCCCGCUACCUACGCCUAGCUAUAUACAAUACAAUCAUAAACCUAA